AGCUGCGCUGUCGGCGAAGGAGCUGCCCUUCUGAGAAAAAAUCAGGAAGAGAGGUAAAAAGAGUCGAGAAUUGAAUAUUGGAUAUAGAGCGAGGAAGACGGAGGGAGAGAGGGGGGAAAGAAGAAGAGGGGAGGAAACUGGGGCACCAGCACAUUAGUGACUCGCGUUAACAUCAGCAGCCAUGGAACAAGAGGAAGCGAGAGGAGGAGAGGAGCGAGGCGCGAGGUGCGGAAAAGAAGUAGUGACAAGAUGAGAAAGUGCUGAUUGUGGACGACUGAUGGUGCACCCUGCAGAGACCUGAGACUCCCCCCUUACUUCCUUCGUUAUCUCCUGCCUUCUGUCUCCCUAUCUGUUCUCUGACCCUGUCUCCUCCUCCUUCACCCUCCUCUCCCCUCUCUCUCUCGCUCUCUCUGUCUCUCUCUCAUACACACACACACAAACACUACUGCUCUCUCUCUCUCUCUCUCUCUCUCUCUUCUCACAGUCAGACCAGGGAGAGCGAAGCGCCUGGGUCGCAUCUCCCCGUCGUCUCUCUGUUUCAUUCCUCUGCACUCUCUCCAUCCACCACCUCUGAUUGUGAUAGAAAAACUCUCUGAGCUCGUUACCAGAGGCAGGACACAGGAGCAGGGGUGUAGACCGGUGGGGGGAAUACAUUCUUUGCGAUCCUACAGAAGAACUGAGGAGGCUUUGUACUUCUCUGGCUUUUGAUGGUUGACCGGCUCUGCUGCUUUUCUUCUACACGGAAAGACUUGAAAUGGAAGAGGUGAUCAACAACACAGAGCAAAAGCCUUAACCGUUAGAUUUGUCUUCACAUAUCAAAGUGAUGCACUGAAGUGAGGAACUGAAGACUUAAUUCAUCUCCCAGCAUGAACUUCUAAAGGACACAACGUUGAAUCGAUAGAUUUCAAAAACCACCUGAGUUUUUUCCAGGCUGUUUCUGCUCUCCUUCAGUUCCCCGACUGUACUUUUCCAAAGCUCCUGCUCCGCCGCCUUGAAGCUCAGCCAUGCAGGUGUCUAUCGCUUGCACAGACCACAACCUGAAACGGGGCAAUGGGGACCACAGCAAGCAGAGCGCCACCAGCCCCAACGUGGUCAACCAAGCCCGGGCCAAGUUCCGCACCGUGGCCAUCAUCGCCCGCAGCUUCGGUUCCUUUACACCGCGCCACAUCUCGCUCAAGGAGUCUACAGGGAAACACACGGGCAUGAAAUACAGGAAUCUGGGAAAGUCAGGACUCAGAGUAUCGUGCUUAGGACUGGGUACGUGGGUGACAUUCGGAGGACAGAUAACAGACGAGGUAGCAGAACAGCUGAUGACCAUUGCAUAUGAGAGCGGAGUCAACCUGUUCGACACAGCUGAGGUCUACGCAGGCGGCAGGGCUGAAGUCAUUCUAGGAAACAUUAUCAAGAAGAAGUGCUGGAGACGAUCCAGUUUGGUCAUUACAACCAAACUCUACUGGGGAGGAAAAGCAGAAACGGAAAGAGGAUUGUCAAGGAAACACAUUAUUGAAGGGCUGAAAGGGUCCCUACAGAGGAUGCAGUUGGAGUAUGUGGACGUAGUUUUUGCCAACCGCCCAGACAGCAACACUCCCAUGGAGGAGAUUGUUCGGGCCAUGACGUAUGUUAUCAACCAAGGCAUGGCAAUGUACUGGGGGACGUCUCGCUGGACGGCCAUGGAGAUCAUGGAGGCGUAUUCAGUAGCUAGACAGUUUAAUCUGAUCCCUCCGGUCUGCGAGCAGGCAGAGUAUCAUCUGUUCCAGAGAGAGAAAGUGGAAGUGCAACUGCCUGAGCUUUACCACAAGAUAGGAGUUGGGGCGAUGACGUGGUCACCGCUGGCAUGCGGCAUCAUCUCUGGAAAAUAUGAAAAUGGCAUUCCCGAGACCUCCAGGGCCUCCAUGAAGUCGUAUCAGUGGCUAAAGGAGAAGAUAGUGAGUGAGGAUGGGAGGAAGCAGCAGGCCAAGCUGAAGGAGCUGAACCACAUCGCAGAGAAGCUGGGCUGCACGCUGCCUCAGCUGGCUGUGGCGUGGUGUCUCAGAAAUGAAGGUGUGAGCUCAGUCCUACUGGGAACAUCCAACCCUGAACAGCUCACAGAGAACCUCGGGGCCAUACAGGUCCUUCCUAAGAUGACCUCUCAGGUGGUGUCUGACAUUGACCACAUCCUGGGCAACCGGCCAUACAGCAAGAAGGACUACCGCUCUUAGACCAGGCAAGAGGUCAGCUGAACCGGCCUACUCCAACACACCAGGACCAUGGACCCACUCUUUAAUGUUCAAAAAGUCCAUGGCCCUCUCCCUGGGCCCCUCUCAGCUCCAGGAACAGACAGCUUUGCUCAGCCCAGCGUUGCAUCUCUGUUUGAGAUUCG